CACUACUGUGUUCUCAUCUCAGCUCAGUAAAUACGCAACUUCUUCAGCGUACGUAUGUGACGCCUUAGCGCUCCCAACCAAAAUGUGAUCUAAGUUCUAUAUUUUUAAAAUGGCUGUGAAGCCGGGCAUUUUUAUACUUAAGGUUUGUGUGUUGACCUGCUUAUUACUGGGCCUAUCCUCAGGGGCAAACCAGUUUGUUAGACGACCUUCGCCUGGGAGUAGGGGGACCAGACCAUCACAGACUAUCAGACAGACAGGGGGAGGCUAUAGAGGGGGAGGAGGGGGUGGGGGAGGGUAUAAUGGAGGAGGAGGAGGAGGAGGAGGAGGAGGAGGAAUAGGGGAUGGGUUUAACAGUCUCAUAAGUGGACUAGAUCUCAAUCUUUUAGAUGCUAAAGCUAUUGGACUAGGAUUUGUCAGACCUCAAUUAGUUGAUCAGCUUUGUGUACGUGCCACUAAACUACUUCUCCAAGAAGGCCAAACUAGGAUAAAUUCCGAAAUUGGAACUCUCACAACCAAUCUGACUAGUAUAGUUGAUAAAAGAUGUAGUGAAUUAGUUGAUGAGGGUGAAACACUUUGCGGUAAUUUAAUUGGUCAAAUCCUUACAAGAUAUGAUGCAAUCACAGCAGAAGCACUUAAAGAGGUGGAUAAACAGUGCGAUGCUGCGCAAGAAAUGGUUGUUGAGCAAACUAGAAACGGAGCUAACGAAACCUAUCAGUUGCUACGUGAAAUGGGGGAGCAGUUGGCAGAGGAAACAUAUAAAAGAACUGUAGCGGAGAUGACAAAUGUUGGGGAAAAGCAGUUUCAGGAUAUGAUAGAGGAGGGCAGGAAGAUGGCAGAGAAGGCACUAAAGGAUGGAAUUGAAAACGGAGAAAUGAUUGCUAAUCGAACCUUAGCGGAGAUGGUGGAGGCGGGUAGGGCGCAGGCUGAGAUUGAGUUUGAAAAGAGAACGGCGGAGGGGCGGAUAGAGGCGGAGAAAAUGUUUCAGGCGAGAGUAGAGAAGGAAACCGCUAUUGCAGAGGAGUUGUUUCAAAAGCAACUUAAUCAGGGACUGGAGUUGGCUCAGGAAAUGUUUGACGAUGCUGUUGCUAAGGGAAAAGUUGAUGGUGAGAGAAUGUGCACUGAUAUGCUUGUUGUGGCCUGUAAAAACCCAACCCCUGAUACAUCAUCUGAUGAUUUUUGUCUCGAUUUCUGCUUUUUCUCAAACGCCUGUGGAGCAAAGAGGCAGGGGAAAACUAUGGACAUUGCAACAGAGAUGAAAUUGAAGUUAGAGAAGGGGAAGAAGGUUGGAAAUUUCUCUUUAAUCACGGGAAAUACGGAGAAAGAUUUCGAAGAACUUAUUAACGGGACAGAAGAUAGGGAAGGGAAAGAAAAGGAUGAAGAAAAACGUGAUGAAGAAGUGAAUGAUAAGAGAAAAGAUGUUGAAGAAAAAAGUGAAAAAGACGAAAAUGAUGAAGACGAAAGUGAAGAAAACAUUAAUAAAGACGAAGCAAACGAAGAAGAAAUUAAGGAAGAGGACAAGGAUGAAGAAGAAAGUGACGAACACGAUGACGCUGAAGAUGUAGAAAUUAUUAAACCUCGAGCUAGGAAACCAAAAACAAACGUAAGCAAGAAUUUAGAAAAUGACGAAACUGAAGAAAACGCGCGAAAAAAUGCAAAUCCCGGUAAAAACGUUAAAACAAUUGAAAAGUUAAAGAAAGAUGGAAAUAUAGACAAAGGAAGAAGAAGAAAAGGAAGUGAAGAGAAAGAGGAGGAGUCAGGAGAAGAAGUUAUUUCAUAUUCAAGUGAAGAAUUAGAUUUAGAUGAAAUUAUUAAAAAACUGAAAAAUCAGUUAAAUGUUGAAAAACAAAGACAAGGACGAGUUUCCAGUUAAAAAAUGUUCAUCUCGUGAAACGGCCAUUUUUUCAGAUCUUGUAGCUAUUAAGUCAUUUUAUUGUACAGGGUAGGUUCUGCCCAUUACACUGCCUGAAAUGCCCUUAAUCUAGCCAAAAUUUCUUACAGUGUAUUUUCUGUCAAAGUCUAAUUUUGCAUUACCUUUUGUUAUAUAUUAUUUAGACUAGCCAAACAAUAGGAUUAAAGCCAUUAAAGCCAUUAAAUAGAUAGUUUUCGGAUUUCUAUUUUCUUUUUCUCAAUUUUAUGAGUAAAAGCCGAUUUUCCUUUAGUUUGGAAAACAUUGCAAAAACGAAUAUUGGCGAUUUAUUGCCAAACUGAAUCUGGAUGGCACUUUUAUAAUUUCUUUAGUAAACUUUUAUUUACUUUAAAAAGAGCAAAUCUUCAAGAACUCUAGAAAAUUUUAAAUGGUUUUUAGAGUUUUUGUUUCAAUUCACUUUUAUUUUAUAAUUUAGACUAAAAAACUGCUUUGCACUUUUUGGGCCUGACUCUUUGAGAUUACAAUUAAAUUUCAAAAACGCAUUACAGAAACAUCGGAUAUUUUCAGUUUCAUAAAUGUCUUAAUGAUCUAAAUUUAUUUAGAUAAACAUGAAUUCUUUACUUAAAAUCCGACUUUAGCCAAAUGUAGAGACUUACGACCUUAAAAACCAUGUUUUCUGGAGAUUAUAAUGCAAUUUAUAAUACAAUUUAUUCCUUAUACAGGAUUACCCAUAAAGAAUGAGACUUCAGAGACGAUUGGAUGGAAUCGAUUUAGAAUUUUUUCUUAAAUUUAUGGUCCUCUACAUGUUUUCUUUAUGUAAACCAUAUUUAUACCAUCUCAUUCUUUGUAAGUCACCUUGUAUUAGUGAUGAAUAAAUUAAGUACAGUUUAACACAAAACUUUGGAAACAAUGAAAGAAAUUUAAGAAUGUCGUCUUGACCAUUUUCCAAUUGGUUGUAUACUAUUCAUCUCAUUAAUUGUAAAAGUAAAGGAAUAGCUAUAAAAUAUGCAGGGGAAUAGUUUUAAUAAUAUCCAUAUAAUUAUUCAGUUUAAAGAAAACUAAAUAUCUGUAGCAUUAAGUUCUCAGUGGGUAAAAAAAAAAACAUUUAAUAAACUGCAUGUUUCGAUGUCUCCAAAGUUCAGUGUUAAACUAUAUCUGUUAAAUGUUUAAUCCCGAGGCCGAAUUUAAACAAUUUGAGCCGCGGUUUAAAUUUAAACUGCGGAUAAAAUUUUGUUGUUUUCACUU